AUGCUGCUGAGGCUCUUGUGGAUUGAUGGUGCUCACUGGCCAGUUGAUCGGGGUAGUCUACGUAUGUACGUGCUACUUGUUGCCGUAAAGGAAACUUUGGGUAUUCAACCGGUGGGUGCUGUCGUUCGCUUGGAACUCUGUCAGCUCUUCAAGAAGCGUGGUGUUCAAGAUGGCUGUGGACCUGUGGAUAUGUGGAUCAGCAAGGAUGUGGAUCAGCAAGGAUGUGGAUCAGCAAGGACGUGGAUCAGCAAAGAUGUGGAUCAGCAAAGAUGUGGAUCGGCAAAGAGUGGAUUAAUCAAGGAUCAAGACCGUACUUCAAGGAUGGCCUAUGCUGCUGAGGGUAGUUGCAAACAUGCACGUGCUACUUGUUGCCGUAAAGAAAACUUUGGGUAUUCUUUGGGUAUUCAACCGGUGGGUGCUGUCGUUCGCUUGAAACUCUGUCAGCUCUCGGAAAGCGUGGUGUUCAAGAUGGUUGUGGAUCUAUGGAUAUGUGGAUCAGCAAAGAUGUGGAUCAGCAAGGAUGUGGAUCGGCAAGGAUGUGGAUCGGCAAAGAGUGGAUUAAUCAAGGAUCAAGGCCGUACUUCAAGGAUGGCCUAUGCUGCUGAGCUCUUCAAGAAGCAUGGUGUUCAAGAUGACUGUGGAUCUGUGGAUAUGUGGAUAUGUGGAUCAGCAAAGACGUGGAUCAGCAAAACACUCUGGAUAUUUGUGACGAGGCGAUUGACGAGUGGUGCCGAAAUGCAACGAGUACGCGAAUGA